CCGUUGUAGGGGCCCUGGUACCACUGGACUCCGGGGUCAGAAGAGGUCAAUAUCUGUCGUGCAAGAGCUUACAGGAAAAAAAGGCUUGUUUAAACUGCUUAUCUUAGGCGGGUAUCUCAGUUGGGUCUGGUACCAGGUUUUUCGUUUGUACUUGUUUGUCUGUGAAUUGUGGUGUGGAUUUGUUUUUUAUGCGAGUCAGGCACUUUGACGCAGUCCGCGGAUGUAUAUAUACGAUAUGUACGAGGAGGUCUAUCUCUUUCAGGACUAACGUAGCUGAAUAUCACCCGGCAUUCCGGAGUGUAGGGGAUGGACAGCACGGAAAUGGGAGUGACGAGGUUCGACAAGGAGGAUGUAAGCAGGCCGUCUACUUCACAAGAUCCUGACCUGCAAAAGCGAAUUGAUGAACUUGGAAAGGACCUAGCUACGGUCUCCGCGUUUGUCCAGACAGAAAUGGCGAGGAAAGCGGAGGAGGAACGUUUGACGAAAGAAGCAGAGGAGGAAGAACAGUGUAAGGCGGAUGAGAAGCUGCAGCGGGAGAAGAAAGAACACAAGAGGUUGGAAAAGCGGCGGAAAGAAGAGGAGCACGUCGCGGAUAUUGAAAAGAAGGUGAAGUUACAAGUGGCGAUCUAUAUAUCUGAUCAAGGGUCGAGCUCGGAGAGAGACAAAAGUGAGGAAGCUACCAAGGAGAUUCGCGCGAAGACCGGGCGUUUGGUGAUUAGCGAGAAGCGUAAAAGAGGCCCCGAGUCGGACUUCGAAGGAAGCCCACCGAUGCUGACUCCUGCCAAGCGCACACCGAAGACGAGCAAGCCGAGACGGACAGGGGGGACGGUACGUGUCACCCGUUCGAGGGCGCAAGUUAAAACGAAGCUUUCCCCAUAUGUGGAGAAAGCGAAGAAGAGCUCGAGGCAGUCGGGUACGGUUGCUAAGCUUCGAUUUCGAAACCAAGCGAUAGAAGAGCUCCGUGGACUUGAUGCACAUGAUCUCCAAGCUAUCUGCAAAGAGGAGGGGAUAGCGUACAAUGGCAAAAUCGAUGCCAUUUUCGACAUCGCCAGUCAUCGGACACGAAAGGCGUUCGGAGAGGUAGAGCCGAUUGACUUGUCAGGCGUGAUGGGCGAGACGGAGGGCGAUACUACGGCAGUGGGGGAGGAGGGGAAUGAAGCAGAGGCGUGAGGUGGGUACGGAACAAACGAGAUAUGGCGCA